UGGGAGCCUGACUUUCAGGAAUAACGGGACAGCUCUAUUGGUGCACAGUACUGACCUGCAAGCUGUCAACGAGAUGAACCUGAUCAAGUUUAUAGGCGCGAUCGUAACCAGAGGGUUAUUUAUCUUCGUCUCUCUGGUCGGAGUCUGGAGGGUGACAUGGGUGAAGAAAGACAAGACCUACUGGUUUUUGACUUUCCUCUUUUUGCCGCUUGUCGUUGAAAUGAUAAUUACACUGAAGAGACGAAAGGGAAAAGAUUACAAAUGGUUUUCUCCACCGAUCUUUAUGUUUCUCAUCAGUAUCAUUCCCUCCAUCUGGCUCCUUGAGCUCCACCACCAGGAAAACAGAGACGACACUAAGUGCAGAAAGCUUGACUCUUGGAAGAGCAUAAGUAACGUUUUCACUCAGAACGAGACCCUCGGAAACCUCACACGCCAGGACUUCCUAAAGAAAGUUAAUGACGGCUUAUCAGCAGUUUGCUCCAAUGACUGGAUCCUAGCUCUUCAUCAGAUCCUGCUCAUCCUCCUCAUCGUAGGGAAGUGGCUUCUCCCCCUGGGAGGCGGAGUCACAAGAGACGAGCUCUCUCAGCUUCUCCUGAUUUUUGUUGGCACAGCAGCAGACAUCCUUGAAUUUACCAGUGAGACACUGUCAGAUAUCAAAGAUGACGGUCCUUACAUGGUCUACAUCAUCUUAGGUGUAUGGACCUGGAGCAUGUUGCAGUUCCCCCUACAUCUAGCCGUGGUGAACAACAAGUCAGACAGUCAAGGUGAGCAGGGUGACCAGGACGUGUCCCUCUGCUCUAAAUACAGCACGGACAUAUGGAAUAUUGUGGAGGCCUUGUUUAUCCAUGAUGGGCCUUUCCUGGUGGUCAGGCUUACUGUCAUGACCUACUUCAGCGUUUUCCACCAGAUGCUUGGUUUCUUCGCCAUCAAGAACUUUCUGGUGGUCAUACUGCACUUGUACCGGUUGGCCAUCAUAUGCAUGGACUUCAGAGAAUCCAGGGGUAGCACCAGUGCCGGCAGUGCUGUCCCAUAAGAUGAGUAAGAAAUGUCAGCUCCAGGGAAUCAGGGAAAUGGAGAGUUGUAAUAGCCA